UCAUUUGAUUGGACAUGUAGUACACUCAGUGGCUGAUUGACAUUAAACUACAUCCUGUUGGAGGGUUUAGUUCAUUCUAGUGCUCACAAGUCAGUGUAAUAUAGCAGAGGUUAAAGCUUAAAGACUUCAUGAUCUGACUUCCGUGAUUUUCUAAUACUGCAGCUGCUCUGUUGCUUCUUUGGAGAGGGCAGCCCCUCACAGCUUCUCGCCAGAAUGUACAUAGAUUCCUGCAUCUCUAAUUAGGAAAACCUUGGCAAAGAGAGUCUACAUAACAAAUCACGUGUACUGUUAUCUGUGGAGACGCAGUUGACUUUUCUUUCUAUGUGUGGUCUCCGUAGUUUCACCUGAACUUCCUGCAUCGGGAUGAAGAGACGAACAGACGCUCCUGCAGACAGAGGCUACUUGGUGGGAGUCUUUUUCUUCAUUCUGGGCCUGGGAACGCUGCUACCAUGGAACUUCUUCAUGACCGCUUCAUUGUAUUUUCAAGGCCGCCUAAACAAAACAGAAUGGAGCAACGGCACAGCGGUGCAAAAAGAAUACUUCUUCAACAACUGGAUGACUCUGCUGUCCCAGCUGCCCCUGCUGCUCUUCACCCUGCUCAACUCCAUCCUCUACCAGAGGAUAUCAGAGGCAAUGCGCAUCGCAGGGAGUCUGGUUUUUAUCCUGCUGCUCUUCAUCCUCACAGCAGUGCUGGUCAAAGUGCCCAUGGAGGAAGAUCGCUUCUUCUCCGUCACCAUGGCUACUAUCUGGUUCAUCAACUCGUUCGGAGCCGUGCUGCAGGGCAGUCUGUUCGGACUGGUGGGUCUGCUGCCACAAAAGUACAGCGCCAUCUUUAUGAGCGGCCAGGGCCUCGCCGGGACCUUCGCUGCCAUCGCCAUGCUGAUAGCCAUAGCCAGUGAAACCGACUCUGAAACAGCAGCGUUGGGUUACUUCGUCACGCCGUGCGUGGGCACCCUGGUCACACUGAUCAGCUACGUGCUCCUGUCCCGCCUGGAAUUUGCUCAAUAUUAUCUGGACAAAAGCAGCAAAUACGAGGCGGGCACUACAGACGAGCUGCUGACAGAGAGCAGCACGGAGAACGGUAAGGUGAACGGCCACGCUAACGGCUCCGUGCCCGGCAGCGCUACUAAAGACAGCAGUACAGGCGAGGCAGAGGUGGACCCGCACCCCAGUCCAGACGGGACCAAGCAGUCCUUCCUGCCACUGGAGCAGGCAGAGAAGGGACAAGCCAAGGCCUCGGUCAUAGAGGUCUUCAAAAAGAUUUGGGUGAUGGCGUUCUGCGUGACGUUUGUGUUUACAGUCACUCUGUCCGUCUUCCCCGCUGUCACAGCAGAUGUCAAAACAUCAUCUCCGGGAAAUUGGGAGCGCUUCUUUAUCUCAGUGUGCUGCUUCUUGAUUUUCAACCUUGGUGACUGGCUCGGCCGGACAAUCACCACCGUAAUACACUGGCCUCGUAAAGAGUCCCGUAUCUUCCCGGCGCUCGUCGUCUCCAGGGUGAUUUUCGUCCCUCUGCUCAUGCUCUGCAACGUCCAGAUCCGCUCCAACCUUCCCGUCUACUUCGCCCACGACGCUGCUUUCGCCACCAUCAUGAUUCUCUUCUCUCUGUCCAGCGGAUACUUCGUCUGCCUCUCCAUGUCCUACGCACCGCAGUUGGUGGAACCCAAGGAUGCAGAGACCGCAGGAGCCCUGAUGACCUUCUUCUUGGCUCUGGGUCUUUCCAUUGGAGCCGCACUGUCCUUCCCUCUCCGAGCUCUGGUCUAGACUGUAGUCUCACACACACACACACACACACACACACACACACACAUACAUACACACACACACACAAUCACGAUUAUUAAAACAAUUUUUUUUUACUUUAGAAACAUGCUGCAUUUCUUGUCCAUUCAGCUCAAUUAAUUUUCUCUCCAAGCAGCAGCCUUUUAUCUGCCGCUUAACGCAACACACAGCAGAUGUGCAGAGAUAUUAGUGCUGAUGAUAGUUUACACAACACAUCCUGGUUUUGAAUAAUUAGUCAGUAAACUCAGCAUUGUCUGACGCAGGCUGGAAAAUGUGCACUUUUAUUUACAGUUAAAAACAUUUCGCCGUGUUUCAGCUCCUGUCAAAGUAACUGAGCUGCGGUGGCUUCAGGUGUAAACUUUCAAAAUAAAACCUUAGUUAUUGUGCGCUUCUCAUUAUUAUUAACAAACAAAGUUGGGGCUGUAAAUUACGGGAGAUUCCCGGGAGAAAAGACAAAACGGGAAGGCGGCGGGAGAUGAGUCUAAAAUACGAGAGAAACCUGGGAAAACUGGAGUGUUGGCAGCUGUACAGUGCAUGCUUUGGAGGAGGGACGGAAACACGCAUGCGCGGCUUUAUGCAGGCUGUUUGUAUAAAACGUUGCACAACGGAAUGUGACAAAAAAUCGUUUCCCCCCGAUUUUAUUAGUUUUGACAUCGUUUGGCCCCAAAAUCGUAAUCACGAUCAAAUUUCGAUUGAUUGAGCAGCCUUAACACACGUAUAUAUAUAAAUGUGUAUAUAUAUGGACGGGAAAAUGUGUGAGGUGGUGUGUGUGUUACAGCACGACAGUCAUGCUAACGAUAAUAUGCAGUAAUACUGGUAUCUACAAGUGUAGCAAGGAUGCCCAGCUACACACACACACACACACACACACACACACACACACACACACACACACACACACACACACACUAAACUGACAGGAUUCCUUUUAGAAGAAGGGAAGUGUGUAUGUUAUUUUCUGACAACCUAAAGAGGAUAGAACAGCUCCCCUCUGUACAGUCAACUUUUUGUGUUAACUGUUAAUUUUUUAGAUUUAUUUAUGUUUACUUUGUUGUAAGUCGUUUUUUUUAGGCAUUAUGCUCAGUUGCUCUACACAAUAUGUAGAAGGGAAACUUUAGAAAGACAGGAUUGAUUUUUAAAAACUAGAGGCGACUUUUUUUUUUUAAAGAUUCUACUUUGAUUGAUGGCUUGAUUACUUAUUGUUAGAUGAAAUGUUUUUGAGUUACUGAAUUUUUUUGUAUUUUUUAAUGAAAUAGCUGUAUGAUAGAGAAGUAGAUCAAACAAAAAAUAGUGUUGUACAUUGAACUUUUGUACUGAAAAUGACCGAUGGAAGAUCAAUUUUGCCAAUUCCAGUUUUUCUUCCUCCCCCAGUUUUACUCAUCAGAGUCAGCUGCGUCUCUAACAUAGAGGCUGCUACUGCCAUCUGCUGCUCAAAAUACUUCAGGUGCAUUUCCUGUUGCUUAAACAUGACCCUGUGUCAGGACAGAGGGAACUAAUAACUGACUAUACAGCAGCUGUUUAAACUGACCUGUCAGAGCUGUGAUCACUUCCGUUUUUUUUAACUCCAAUGCGGUGGUGCUGUUGUUUCUAUAAACAAUAGAAUCACAUGUGGACAUAAAGUAAAUGUUGAGAAAAAAAGCACUACGUAAUUCUUCUGUUUAGUAUUGUAUAGCUGUUGUAUUGGUUACUUUCAACCAAUGUGCCAUGCUUCAAUGACAGAUGACACUGUUUUUGUUGAGAUGUAUAGAAAUUAAUAUAUUGCCCCAGACAGAUGUAGAUUUAUCUUAACACUAUCCUCAUUUAUAUUGAUUGGACUUUUUUUUUUUUGAAGUCGAUUUGUAUGCUUAACAUUAAAAGAGUGAAUGUGUUUUGUAACAGAAGUUUUCAAAGCUGCUGAUGCUAUAAUGUGAACUAAGGGCUGAAUGGAGCAAACUAAAUUAGUGGCAUUAAACAAAACAAAAAAAGGCAUGACUUGUGUUAUGCUGCAUUCACAUCCAAUUAACUUUAAACUCAUGCAUUAAGAAAUGGUUUGCAGCAAGCUAAAUAUGGUACAAUGAGCCACUAAUACACAUAUAAGGCAGAUGUUUUUUUCUUUUUAACCGUAUUUCCCACAGAAUGUAAAUACAGUGUCAGAAAUAGAAAUAUGUGAACUCAGGUCAUGUUGCAGUGAUUUUUUUUUAUUUUUACAUCAGGAUCCUGUUGUGUCACUUUAUACCAUACGUCAACAUUAAGAAACCAAUAGAAAGAAUUCAAACUGUGAUUAGACUUUCCUCUUUUCUUUCUUGUUCUAAAUUUCUUGUCAAAGAAUGUAGACUCAUUGGAAAUGAUUAGAUAUGGUUCAGUUCUGUCAUAAUCAGCCUUAAUCAUAAUCCAACCCAGUUUCAAAGGUUUGUGUUGUGUUUACAUCCACAUCAUAUUGGACUGACUAUCACCGCAGCAUUAAUACUUCAUGUAGACUGUUAGAUGCAGUUGACUUGUGCUCCAUUUAAAAACAGAAGACACACACAGAGGAUAGUGAUUGUGCUACUGGACCAUGUCUCAUGAGUUAUAGUAAAGGGAAUUGAUACUUCUGCAUGUUCAUAAUGUAUAUGUGUAGACUUGACUGUAAAUAAAUGGAUUGUUUCAAACUGC